AUGGAUCUUAUAUUGGACAUAAAUUCCUGGAUUUACCCUAUGGAGCUAGGUGAUAAGUUUAGAUUGGUACUUGCCACAACCCUACGGGAGAACGGAUACCCGGAUGGCGGAGAAUGGAAUCCAUUAGAAACGGAGGGCAACAGGGCAGACAGUUUCGAAUAUGUAAUGUCUGGAAAAGUGUAUAGGAUAGAGGGUGAUGAGGCAGCAAUGGAACCUGCGUCUAGAUUGGCAGCUUAUGUGUCUUUUGGUGGUCUACUGAUGAGGUUACAGGGUGAUGCUAAUAACCUCCAUGGUUUCGAAGUCGAUCAACACAUGUACCUGCUAAUGAAGAAACUAGCUUUC